CGCGCUUCCGGGAUAGAGUCCGUACGAAAGAAACUAUCAGCGCACACCUAUCUCCAUAGCAAUAUCCUACAUUACUUCCUAACCGGUAGUGACGUUAUUUGUGAGCGACGGCUAGCGGAAGUCGUAGUUGGUGACUUAUGUGUGUUAUGAGGUGGGUGUCUCGCUGCUGCUGUGAUUAAUGUCUAGGGGUGUCAGUGUGCUAUAGUAUUUGGGACAAUCACUGGUUCAAUAUGGCUUCGGACUGGCUGGAAAGUAUUGUGUCCAUUAAUUGUGGAGACACUUUGGGUGUGUAUCAAGGACGGGUGUCUGCUGUUGACCAGCUUAAUCAGACAAUAUCGCUUACACAGCCCUUUCACAAUGGGGUGAAGUGCCUUGUUCCAGAAGUCACAUUCCGGGCAGGGGACAUCGCAAACUUAAAGAUUUUGGAGAUCCCUGGGGACAAUCAGAGACAGACAAAUAAUCAGCCUUCUGAGCACACAAAUACAAGUUGUGUACCCACCAGCCAUCAAAAUGGUACGGGGAAAACAAGACCAGAGGCAAGCAGUGCACAGAACAUCCCCCGGAGAACAGACGGGAGAGCCAAUGAUCCUACCGGAACUUCUCCACAGUCAUGCACAAAAAGUUAUGUGGACAGGCAGACUGAAGGUCUGAAUCAGCCGAAGAACUUUCGUCGAAGGCACAACUCUUCACCUCCCAAAUGCUUCGGACAAUCUUUGGGGAAAUACCAGGAAACAGAUGGAGCAGGGUCUUCAAGCAGCCGCUAUCCAAACCAGGCGACCCCCAAGAAGAAUGGACCCAAGAAUGGACAGCUUAAAGCUAGAGAUGACGAGUGCUUUGGAGAAGAGUUGGAUGACGUUCCAGGCACAGAUUUUGAUUUUGAGGGGAACCUUGCUCUUUUUGAUAAAGCAGCUGUAUUUGAGCAGAUAGACACCCAUGAAAAACGAGGGGCUGGAGGAGGAGGAGGAGCUAGGUCACGAGGUACACCUAGUGAAAGAACCCCAAAUUACAGACAUGACGAGAACAUACUCGAGUCUGAUCCAAUUGUAUAUAGAAGGAUUGUUGUCCCACAUCCUGGUGGAAUGGAAUACUGUACAGAUUCAGGUCUGGUGGUGCCCAGUAUCUCUUAUAGCCUACACAAGAAGCUGUUAAGUGUGGCUGAGAAGCAUGGACUAACAGUGGAGAAACGGUUGGAAAUGUCAGGCGUUUGUGCAAGUCAAAUGGCUCUCACAUUACUUGGUGGGCCCAACAGGUUAAAUCCUAAAAACAUACACCAACGACCUACUGUGGCACUUCUGUGUGGACCUCACAUCAAAGGAGCUCAAGGCAUUAGCUGUGGUCGUCAUUUGGCCAAUCACGAUGUAGACGUUAUCCUUUUCUUACCAAACUUUGUUAAAAUGUUGGAGCCUGUUACUAACGAGCUGAAUCUGUUCUGUCGGACUGAAGGCAAGCAGGUUUCCAAUGUCAAAGAUCUGCCAGAUUGCCCUGUAGAUUUGGUCAUUCACUGUUUGGACUGCCAUGAAAAUGCCUUCUUGCGUGAUCAGCCAUGGUACAAAGCUGCUGUGGAAUGGGCCAACCAAAACCGAGCCCCGGUGCUAAGCAUUGACCCACCUGUAACUGACCAGGAGCUUGGCAUUCAUGCCAAAUGGUCCCUGCAGUUGGGACUUCCUCUGUCUCUCGGGGAGCAGGCUGGCCGUGUCUAUUUGAGUGACAUCGGCAUUCCCCAAAAGGUGUUCAAGGAGGUGGGCAUCACCUAUCACUCGCCUUUUGGCUGCAAGUUUGUUAUUCCCUUACAUUCCAUGCAAGGAUAAAAAGUGACUAUCUGGCCUGUUCCUGCUAUGUUGCCUUAAUUUAUACAGGCAAAAAACUGCCAUUACUCCCACUUUCAAUCCCAGUGGCAUGAGCUGUGUGUGCAGGGCAUCAGCUUUAUGACCACAAGAAUGGUGUUAAUAUGUCAGUGGCAUUCUGGGAAACAAGUUUGUUUUGUUUGUCGUUUUUGUUUCUGCACCAGCCAACCCAGGCCAUAUUUUUAAGGAAUCUGCUCCUAACAAACAGAAGGGAAGGAUGUUCCAUUUUAUUUUUUUAUUGUUAAAUUGUCAUUGCAAAGACACAUCUCUGUUUCUUGUAGCUUUAUUAGUUUGCUGUUCAUCAUUCAGUCACUUGAGUGAUCUCGCAUUUACCAAAUGAAGCUCUUGGUUUUUGUGUGUAUUCGUGUUUGUUUUUUUUGGAGGGGAGGGGUGAUUUUGAAAUCACAAAACAUGUCAAUUUUAAUAUUCAACUUCUGCUAUAAAAAGGUUGAAGCA